AGGCGGCCUCAAACCCCAGCUGUCGGAGCCGGGACACCCAGUCAGUCCGCUCUUGCUCUUUUUGUCUCCUUCAGGCAGCGCCAUGGGGCUCAGCGACGGGGAAUGGCAGCUGGUGCUGAACGUCUGGGGGAAGGUGGAGGCUGAUGUCGCAGGCCACGGGCAGGAGGUCCUCAUCAGGCUCUUUACAGGGCACCCCGAGACCCUGGAGAAAUUUGACAAGUUCAAGCACCUGAAGACCGCCGAUGAGAUGAAGGCCUCUGAGGACCUGAAGAAGCAUGGCAACACCGUGCUCACUGCCCUGGGGGGCAUCCUCAAGAAGAAGGGGCAUCAUGAGGCUGAGCUGAAGCCCCUGGCCCAGUCACACGCCACCAAACACAAAAUCCCCGUCAAGUACCUGGAGUUCAUCUCGGACGCCAUCAUCCACGUUCUGCAGAGCAAGCAUCCCGGGGACUUCGGAGCUGAUGCCCAGGCAGCCAUGAACAAGGCCCUGGAACUCUUCCGGAAUGACAUGGCCGCCAAGUACAAGGAGCUGGGAUUCCAGGGCUAAGCCCCCAAGCGCCCCUCACCCCACCCACCCAGGCCAGGGCUCCGGGGAGGGUGGGGACUGGAUCUCCUGUAGCCAUAGCGUUUGCUUCUGAGUGUGUGCUUUGUGUAUGAGAGGUGGAGGGGGGAGAGGAAGAGGGGCCUGGGUGGGGGGCGGUGUUCAGGUGAUUUCACAUGCCUGGGGACCCGGCUUCCUGUGAAGAGUCAUCCCCUUGGGAGCCAGGAGAAGCAGGGCUCUGCUCACUGCGGCCGGCAGAGUUGGGUCAGACUUAACUCUCCUCUCACCUAAACCCCAACCCAAUUCCUUCCAACCUCCAAACCGACCCACAGCCUCACCCUCACCUUGAACCCCCAACCCAAGCUGUAAAUCCAAACUCGGGCCGUAGUUGUUUUGGGCUCCAUCACCUCGCCCUUAAAGACAGCAGAAGUUCCCUGUGCACUGAGAAGGAGGUCUGGGUGGGGCUGGGGCGGCACAGCCACACCCAGUCCCAGGGAACAUAAGUGUGCCUUCUCAAGGGAUGGAGUGAUCCACCUGGUUUUAAUAAAAGACUGAGCACCUCACAA